AUGUUGCAGCGGCGGCGAAGUGCGAGCGUGGCGCCUGGUCAACGAGCCCUGAACGACACAGUUCGGGUCGUGUUCGUGUGUGGGUCGUCCGCAGCAGGUGACGGUCGGUGGGGGCGUCCUCCGCGCCGCCCUCCCCCGCACGCCGCGCCUGGCGGUGACGUCACACGUGGACCACCUCGGAUGACGUCACACGGCCACGGACCACCAGUGACGUCACCAUCAAGUUAA